GGAUGCUCCUUUCCGGUUCUGAGUUCUGUUCUCUCAAUGCUCCGUGCCGACCUAGAUCGGCCAUAGAUGACUAUGGCAGAGAAUUCCUCCUGCGAGUUCCCCACCAUUGACCCCAACUUUUUCGACCUCAUCGUGUACGGCAGUGGCCUCCCAGAAUCCAUCCUCGCUGCCGCCGCUUCUGCUGCCGGCAAAGCUGUCCUCCACAUCGAUACCAACCCUUUUUACGGUUCGCACUUCGCCUCCCUCCCCCUGGCCUCAUUUUCCUCCUUCCUCCAAUCCACACCUCUCAUAUUUCCUGAGCGUUCCGCUGAUGGGUCCGCUUCCUCCUCCACUUUCCACUCCAUCGAAUUGGAAACUCGUUGCGUGUACUCGGAAGUUGAGAUCGCAGAAUCGCCGAUGCCUGAGCAUUCAGAAAGAUUCAUCGUUGAUUUAUCCGGGCCUAGGGUAUUCUACUGUGCGGACAUGGCGGUUGAUCUGAUGGUGCGAUCGGGUGCCAGCCAUCAUGUAGAGUUUAAGAGUGUCGAAGGGAGCUUGAUCUAUUGGGACGGGCGACUAUGCGCGGUGCCGGACUCGAGGCAGGCCAUCUUCCGCGAUCAGAAUCUUUCCCGAGCGGAGAAGGGCCAGAUGAUGAGGUUUUUAAAGCUGGUGCAGGCCCACAUUGCGUCGGAGUCCGAAGCGACUCUGUCGUGUGAGGGAGCUUUAGGGAUAUCGCCGGAGGACUUGAAGAUACCGUUUUAUAAUUUCCUCCUUAAGCAGAAGCUUCCCCCCAAGAUAAGAACGAUUAUUUUGUACUCUAUUGCAUUGGCUACUUUUGAUCAAGAUGAUGGAGUUGAUUGUCGAUAUACAAUCAAGACAAAGGAGGGAAUUGAGAGGAUUGCCCUUUAUAUUUCAUCAGUUGGGAGGUUGCCCAAUUCGGUUGGGGCAUUUAUCUAUCCCAUUUAUGGCCAUGGGGAAUUGCCUCAAGCAUUUUGUCGAUGUGCUGCUGUGAAAGGGGCUCUAUAUAUCUUGCGUAUGCCAGUGAUAUCUCUUCUCAUAGACAAGGUAAGCAAUCAAUAUAAAGGUGUUAAAUUAGCUUCUGGUCAGGAGAUAUUUAGCCAUCAACUUGUUAUGGAACCAUCGUUUACAGUUUCGUCAUCAGCUCUAUCUUUAUUGGAUUACAAAGUUUUGGAUGGUUCAAACCUUGCUACUAUGGUUGCUAAAGGAGUGAUCAUAGCAAACAAGGCCAUCCAGCAAGAUUCAUCUAACAUUCUCGUGCACUUCCCCCCUAGAUCUUUGUUCUUUCAGCAGUCAACAACUGUACGAGCUCUUCAAGUGUGUAGCAGUGUGGCAGUAUGUCCUACUGGAAUGUUUCUAGUUUAUCUUUCAACUCCCUGUGAUGAUGCUAGUCUGGGAAAAGAGUGUAUACGUGCUGCCAUGAGAACACUUUUCACUGUACCUGACGCCGAUAGUUUUGAUGGAAUUUCCUCAAAUAAUGAAAACACUGGAGCAUCCAAGCCAACAGUUUUAUGGAGUGCCAUUUACAUUCAAGAGCUAACACAUGCGGCCACAUUGGGUGCUAUAUAUUCCACUCCUAUGCCUGAUGAAAAUCUUGAUUACUGGAAUUCAUUGGAAUCAACAAUAAAGUUAUUUUCCUCUAUGUAUCCUGAGGUGGAGUUUCUUCCCAAAACCAAAGUUCCUGAGAACGUUGAUGAGGAUGAUUCGUUGUCAUAGUGAUGAAUGUGGACUAUAUCUGUGAAGGGCCAUGAGCAUUCACACUUUUCAACAUAAGAACGUGAGAGAGUCCACGCUGAUUUUGAGAUAAUGCUCUUAAUUGAUUGACAAGUUGUGCUGCCUUGUGCCUGAGCAAAAUUUUCUUUCUUCCAAUGAUAUUUCUGGUCUUGCACUUGGUGGCUUUAAAUGUUGGUCUGAACUCCAUGAAAGUCCGUCAUUACCAUGCAUUAUUAUGUGUGAUCGUCAGGUAUUCCUUCUCAAGUACAAAGUGUUGUUCAUAAGUGCAGGCUUAUAUAUAUUAUUUGUGCUUUAGCUUUUUAACACGGAACUUGAUUGAAACCUUUAGCUC